CAGCGGAAUCAUUGGGGGCGGCGAGAGGUUGACUGUGCGUUUAGCACGGCGUGGUUUCUGCCUUCACACAGACUCGCUCUUUGAGAGGAGGCAUGGCGCGGAGCCUGCACCACCACCACAAGCACGCAUCCCCUGUCUCCCAUUUCGUCCGCUGCCUCGCGCAACACUCACUUUCUCCCCUUCCGCUUGCGAGACGACCCCACAACCAAAAACAACCAGACCAGACCAGCUGCCUACAUGGCAGCACGUCCGGUCCUUGCUUCUUUUCUUCCUGCAGCACGGCAUUGCCAGAAACCCAGCCAGCCAGCCACCCAGCUAGCCAGCCCAGUUCCUACGGCUCAGACCGGCCGCACCAACCCAUCCUGGACGAAACCCGUCGCGCGCGCAAGCUUCUGUGCGCGCCAGCGGCCUUCCCUAAUACCUCGCACGCACCCACCCAUGCACGCCAUCUAGGCGUCCGACCUUGCUACUUCUGCUUCUUCUGCUUCUUCUUCGUCUUUUUCUGCUCUUCGCCUGCCAAGGGCGUCCCUAAUACCCACUCUACCUACCUACCUACCUAUUCUGCUGGCAGCGGCGCCUCUACUUCCCGCCGCUGUCGCUGCGUCGUCGUCGUCGAUGAUGAUGAUGAUGACGACGCCCUUACUUCGUAAAAAAAAAAGCUCGCUUUGCUUGUGGCUGGCUGGU